UUUACAUACAUUUGCGCCUCCAACGCGCCAAAAGCCAAAAGCCAAAAGCCAAAAGCCAAAACUUUAUCUUAUUCAUAAUCCUCAGAGUUGGGACUCCCUAAAUUAAUUCAACUCCCUACAGCUUUUCAAGUAACCUCCUCCUAACUACUUACACUCUUUACUUCUUCGCGACGAUCCUUUUUUAAACACUCCCGCCGCACGUACUGGCAUCAGUACAACUUUAUCCCUCUCACUUUUCUGCUAAGUCCCUCAGUUAUACUCAAUUAUACGAUUUUCCGCGCCUGGCCUCCCCGUCAUGGCUUCUAAUAUAACGUCCAACACGGACCUCCCACCGCUUCCGUCUUACGAACUCGUCGUAGCGUCAGACUUGAUAUCGUGGCUGCCCGACUUCUACCUGUCCCUCCUCGCGCCUACCAUCGCGUACUGGGUCGUCUCCAUCUUCUUCCACAUAAUUGACACCCUAGACCUUUUCCCGCAAUACCGCCUGCACACUCCCGCCGAGAUCGCGCAGCGGAAUAAGGCCUCGCGAUUCGAGGUCCUUCGCGACGUUCUCUUCCAACAGGUUAUUCAAGGCGUCAUGGCCUUUUGCCUGAACCAGACCGAUCCGCCGCAACACACGGGUAUGGAGGAUUACGAUGUCGCUGUCUGGGCGACGAGAGUUCGUCUAGCGCAGAGAGCUCUCCCAACCGUACUCGGCGUCCUAGGAAUCAAUGCUGCUACAAUCUCUAAGAAUAUGGCUGUAUCUCACCCGUUCCUUGCUGGCGCCCUUGCUGGCGGUCACUACCCUUUCCUCACCUCCGAGCUUUCCGGAUCAGACGGAGCUCUGGUACCCGCUUUCGCCACUUGGGAGCUCCUAGUCGCCAAGGCUAUCUACUGGGCUAUCAUUCCGGGGUUCCAGCUCUUCGUCGCUGUCACCGCCUUAGAUACUUGGCAAUACUUCCUUCACCGAUUGAUGCACCAAAAUAAGUGGCUCUAUACUACGUUCCACUCGAGGCACCACCGACUCUACGUUCCUUACGCCUACGGAGCUUUGUACAACCACCCGCUCGAGGGAUUCCUUCUCGACACGGUCGGCGCGGGCCUUGCGUAUAAGCUUGCGCUUAUGACCCCCAGGCAAGGAAUAUUUUUCUGGGUCAUGUCUUCGAUCAAGACCGUCGACGACCACUGCGGAUAUGCCUUACCCUGGGACCCGCUUCAGCACAUCACGUCGAACAACGCCGCUUACCAUGAUAUUCACCACCAGAGCUGGGGCAUCAAGACAAACUUUGCCCAACCAUUCUUUACUUUCUGGGAUAGGUUUUUGGGUACUAUGUGGCACGGCGACACGACGUUGAAAUACGAACGAUCGAGGACCAAGGCCCAAGAGUUCGUAGAGGCGGAAGCUAAAAAGGCAUCUGCAAAGGCACAGUAAAUGCCUUGUCACGCGCGCCGCUUU